UCCAAAAAAGAAAGUGAGAGAAUCCGGCAGUUCACACUGUACCACCUGAGCAAUUCUGACAGUCCAGAAACUAUUCCCCAGGAGGUGAUCAAGGCUAUUUGUGAACGUCAUAUGGUCACUUCAUCUGUAGCUGGUGUUCAAGCCACCACUCCUGGGUUGACAUUAGUUGAAUCCCUCACUCACCAGUCCGCAGCCAUUCCCGACUGCUUCCAGCAGGAGCAAGUGGAUGGGUCCCCUCUUGUCCAUUCAUUCUCAGAAGAAGAGUUGAGGCAAAAACAAACAUUAGAUCCUGCUAUCAAUGCAGUUAUUGUACUCUUAGAGACUGGUGAAACUCCAUGUCCCAGUCUCAGGUUGGAGCUACCAGAACUACCUUUGUUACUCAGAGAGUUGUCACGGUUGGAGAUGCAGAAUGGAGUGCUUUACCGUAAACGACAAGAUGGUCCAAACAUCUCAUAUCAGCUUGUGCUUCCUGAGGACCUAAGAGCUACAGCUCUUAGGAGUCUUCAUGAUGAUAUGGGCCACCUUGGAGUUGAAAGAACAGUAGAUUUGGCAAGAACCAGAUUUUACUGGCCGAAAAUGUACAUGACCAUAGAAAAAAUGGUUAAAGCCUGUGAGAGAUGUGUUCGUCGAAAAACACAUCCAGAAAAAGCUGCUCCGCUGAUGAACAUUAAAACCUGCCGACCUCUCGAACUGGUAUGCAUUGACUUUUUGUCAAUAGAGCCAGAUCGCUCCAACACGAAAGACAUUCUAGUAAUAACUGAUCAUUUUACAAAAUAUGCAUUGGCCAUACCAACUCCAAACCAGCGAGCACAGACUGUGGCGAAGUGCCUCUGGGAAAACUUCAUUGUCCAUUAUGGUUUUCCUGAAAAGCUCCUUAGUGAUCAGGGGGCUGAUUUCGAAUCAAAGACCAUAAAAGAACUUUGUGAACUCAUUGGCAUCAGGAAAGUGCGCACUUCCCCUUACCAUCCUAGGGGAAAUCCAGUUGAAAGAUUCAACCGCACUCUCCUUCAAAUGCUUGGAACACUUGACAAGUCAGAUAAACUCCACUGGAAAGACUUUGUCAAACCUCUGGUACAUGCGUAUAAUUGUACAAAGAGUGAUGUGACUGGGUUCUCUCCUUACGAGUUGAUGUUCGGGAGACAGCCCAGAUUACCCAUUGACUUGAUUUUCAGAUUGCCCACAACGGCUUCUAAGCAGACUCAUUCCCAGUACGUCGGCAAUUUGAAAUCUCGGUUGGAAGAAAGUUACCGUAUUGCUACUAGCAAUGCAGGAAAGAAUGCAAGUCGCAAUAAAGCUAGAUUUGACCGGCGAGUGAUUGAAUCAACUUUGCAGACGGGAGACAGAGUUCUAGUGCGAAAUGUGAAGCUGCGUGGAAAACAUAAAUUGGCAGACAAAUGGGAGGAGGAUGUUUAUAUUGUCCUCAAGCAAACUGGAGAGAUGCCAGUUUACACAGUUAAACCAGAAGGUAAAGAAGGACCAGUGCGGACUCUGCACCGAGACCUGCUUCUGCCCUGUGGAUUCCUAUCAGCAGCUGCAGAACCUGCAACAAUCAAACCUCGUCCAAACAAGAGACCCAGAACAAGACAAUGUCCAGUCGUUGAGAGUGAGGAGGAGAUCAUCUCAGAUUUGGAUGAUGUACCUGAUUGGGCAUUUCUCCCUCGUAUUACAGAUGGACCUGAUAUAUCUGUUGUGGUGCCUGAAACUCACAAGUUGAGUGAGCCUCCUUGUGCAGUUCGGCAAUCAGCAGAAACGGAGGAGUCUGUAGUUUCCCUCUCACCUGAUGCUCCAGCAACUCAGUCCCUUGUAGGAGAUAAAAGUACUGGAGAUAUUCAGGGUGCAUCAAGUGUCGACUUACCUGAACAUGACAACUUACCUGAACAUGACAACUUACCUGAACAUGACAACCUACCUGAACAUGACAACCUACCUGAACAUGACAACCUACCUGAACAAGACAGCUUAUCCGAAGCAAACGUUUUACCUGAACUGAACCAAGUGAACCGAUCCCCUCAGUGUUUGGAUUUGCAGCAAUCUGAGGAAACUCCUCCAGAUAAUGAGAUGAACUCAGAUGCAGCAUGUGAUGAUGGGUUUUGUGAAGCAAAUGAACCUGUUACUGGCCAGCCUGAACCCUUAAAGUUUCAGACUGAUGGACCUCAAGAUGCUGAAACAUUUCUUCGUCGCUCUCAGAGAGUGCACACGAAGCCUAAAAGAUUAGACUAUGUAAAACUAGGAAAUCCUCUGAUAAUGGUAGUGAAUUCUCUUUUCCAUGGUCUAAGUGAGGCAUUGACUAGUUCCCUAAAUGGUCUUGAAAAUGUAUCCAUUAAUUCCGUCAGGCAUGUUUGAGCUGUGUGACUCAGUGUCGCAUUGCAGAUGCCCAGGGACGGGCAUACCCUUCAGAGGGGAGGGUGUAACAUACAUAAAAUGGGGAUGCCUCUUUAAGGAAACAGACGUUAAGGGAGCUAGGUAGUCUAUCUAGCCAAUAGGAAGUUAAGUUUCCAGUGUCUAUCCACCAAUGAGAAUGCAGACUGCCCCUGUAGGUCCCGCCCUGCUUUCCCAUGUAUGUAGCAAUAUAGGGUGAGCGAGAGAGAUCGGACACGAGGACGAGACUGCUGAGCUGUGCAGCGUCAGAGUCUGUGUUAAGACUGUUAUAGUAUUACACACAAAUGAAAAACGAAGCUUUUUGCAAUUGGAAUUGCUGUUCAUUAUCCAAGUUCUAAUUUGGAAUUAGUUGAGCUGAAGUGUCCCACCUGUCUGGACUCGAGGCCAUCAUAUUGUUGUCCCAAACUGAUUGAGAUUGAGUGAGAUUGAGAUCGGUCAGGUUUUUUUUUUCCGCUGGAUCGUUCCUGAGGUGGAUUCCUCAAGAGACUGAUGGCGAGCCUUCCCACCUGGACUUAGAAAAGGAACUGGCUUCCUCCUUUUGCAUUUGGAGUUCUGCUGCACCCUGCGGUGUGGUAGGCCUGUGUCACUCAAAUCUUCACGCAGAGUUUGUUAUGCACGAGACUACUUACUGACUUUUUUCCAUUUUUUUCGUUUCAUUCUGGGACUUUGGACAUAAAUUUUAUUUUGGACGUAGUAACAAACUACUGUGUAGGACACUCUCCUCACGUGACUGAUGUUGAGUCCAAUCUGAAUGUGAACUGAAUUCGAAUAAUCUGUGAUCCAUUAAGGUUCAGAAUUUAGAUUAACAGGGUGCACCCAAAAUAGAUAAAACCAGAGAAGUAGAACUUGGCCAAGUGUUCAUAUUAUUUUAUGUAUUUUAUUGUGUUGAAUUUAUUUUCAUAAUUGUUUGUCUUGUACAACUGUUUGUUAAUUUGAUGGUUUAUCUCACUAAAGCAAUCGUUUGUUAAACCAUCCAACUGCAUCCGUUGUCAUUUAAACACCCUCACUGUGCUCCGAUAGCCGAACCUAUUGGCCCAUUUAUCUAAAAUACAUAGGACUCUUCUCUACUGUGU